GAUUCAGCCAUAUUUUGCCAAAAAAUGUGAAUGAAGUAAAAUCGUUCGGGGGGACAGAGGACUGGUUCAUCAUGCUGCAGAGGUGGUUGGACAAACUGACCACAGCUGCUGUCCUCAGAAGACACAAGACGCCCCUCUCCCGACUCCAGGGGUCAGAGCGGAGAACCAGCGAUGGCCAAACUUUGUGCAGUGAUUUCCAGUUUGUUGCUGACAGUCGGAGUCGUGGCGGCCCAGACAGAUCAGACUCAGAUCAGCGAGCGUCUGCUGCCUCAGUGGCUCACUGGCAUCAUCGCCGUCUCCAUCUUCCUCUUCCUCAGCUUCGUCGUCUUCCUGGUGAAGAAGGCCUGGUGUGAGGAGCCCAGCAGGAGGAAGGUCAGUGUGGUGUCCGACAAAGAUAAUGACUACGCUAUGACCAUCGAAAACGCCUACGAGACCAACGGAAACGCCUACGAGACCUCCCUGGAUAUGGUCAGGAGCAAAGAAAACACGAACGCCUACAACAACCUGGUGAUUGACAGCACUGAUGAUAAAGUUACCUCCAUGUGACUUUCCUGCACUGAUUCUAUUGGCUGUCUGAACGUUAUCUUCACCAACUCUGGACGGAGAGACACAAAACACAGAAAAUUAUUUUUUAGAGAAACACGUACAUUUUACAGAUGUUUUUAAAAUGUUGUCUUUGUUUCGUCUUACCUGUUGUCUCUUUAUUAAUAAUUAAUUUACUUACACACUUCUGUGACUGUUUUCAUGUUUUCAAAUGCAGCAAGAUGACAUGAAUUAUCAAUAUAUUAGUUGUUGUUUUUCAGACUGUUUGAAUGGUCUACAGUUGCCUCUUGAUGCAGAGAUUCAGAGCAGUAAACAAGAGGAAAAGCAGCCGUCGCCUGUGAUCUUUGUGCUCAUUAAUAAGUUAUCUUUUCUAACAAACUGCUGUGUCGGCUCUCAUUACUGAUCAAUGAAGGAAUGACCUGUGAUUAAUAAUUAAAAACUCAGCAGUAAAGUCUCAUUAUACAGUGCCUGCAA